UAUUCAUGGCAGCGUAAUUACCCAUAACUCCCUGCGUCCUAAACUUCGCCGUCGCCAAAGCACCGAUCAAAUGCGCAGGCGUCAGCGCUGUGUCGUUGCCGAAUAUCACGCAUGCGCGCAGUAAACGAUAGGCCUCAGCAGACCGACAGCAGGUUAAAAACGAGAUGGAAUUUAGCUCCUAGGAUCUCAAACACGACACGCCUGUUUUGCUGUCUCUGUCCAGAUGUUUGAGAAGUGGAGCAAGGGAUUCAAUCGACCAUCCUUCCUGCUCAGACUGUGGGGAGGGAUUCACUUGGUCAUCUGACCGACUGGCAUGCCCGUCAUUUUACACAGGGGAAAGGCCGUUCACCUGCUCAGACAGUGGGAGUGGAUUCACUCAGUUAUCUCAAUUGAAGGUACAUCAGCAAGUUCACACUGGACAAGGCCAUUCAUCUCAUCUGUGUGUGAGAAGGGAUUCAGUCGGUCAUCCCACCUCUGGACACACCAGGCAAUUCACACUGGGCAGAGGCUGGUCAUCUGCUGAAUUUGUGGGGAAGGAUUCACUCGGUCAUCUGACCUAAUGGCUCAUCAGCGAGUUCACACUGGGGAGAAGCCGUUCACCUGCUCAGACUGUGGGAAGAGAUUCGCUAAUUCAUCCACCCUACAGAGACAUCAGCGAGUCCACACUGGGGAGAAGCCAUUCACCUGCUCAGUCUGUGGGAAGGGAUUCACUCGGUCAUCCAACCUACUGGCACAUCAGCGAGUUCACACUGGGGAGAAGCCAUUCACCUGCUCAGUCUGUGGGAAGAGAUUCACUAAUUCAUCCACCCUACAGAGUCAUCAGCGAGUUCACACUGGCGAGAAGCCAUUCACCUGCUCAGUCUGUGGGAAGAGGUUCACUGAUCAAUCCACCCUACAGAAACAUCAUCGAGUUCACACUGGGGAAAAGCCGUUCACGUGCUCAGAAUGUGGGAAGAGAUUCACUGAGUCAUCCAGCCGACAGAGACAUCAGCGAGUUCACACUGGGGAGAAGCCAUUCACCUGCUCAGUCUGUGGGAAGAGAUUCACUCGGUCAUCCAACCUACUGGCACAUCAGCGACUUCACACUGGGGAGAAGCCAUUCACCUGCUCAGUCUGUGGGAAGAGAUUCACUAAUUCAUCCAGCCUACAGGGACAUGAGCGAGUUCACACUGGGGAGAAGCCAUUCACCUGCUCAGUCUGUGGGAAGAGAUUCACUGAUCAAUCCACCCUACAGAAACAUCAGCGAGUUCACACUGGGGAAAAGCCGUUCACCUGCUCAGAAUGUGGGAAGAGAUUCACUGAGUCAUCCAGCCUACAGAGACAUCAGCGAGUCCACACUGGGGAGAAGCCAUUCACCUGCUCAGUCUGUGGCAAGAGAUUCACUAAUUCAUCCAGCCUACAGAAUCAUCAGCGAGUUCACACUGGGGAGAAGCCGUUCACCUGCUCAGAAUGUGGGAAGGGAUUUACUCAGUUAUCCAACCUACAGAGUCAUCAGCGAGUUCACACUGGGGAGAAGCCGUUCACCUGCUCAGUCUGUGGGAAGAGAUUCACUAAUUCAUCCAGCCUACAGAAUCAUCAGCGAGUUCACACUGGGGAGAAGCCGUUCACGUGCUCAGAAUGUGGGAAGAGAUUCACUCAGUCAUCCAGCCUACAGAGUCAUCAGCGAGUUCACACUGGGGAGAAGCCAUUCACCUGCUUAGAAUGUGGGAAAGGAUUCACUCAGUCAUCCAAACUGCUGGUACACCAGUCAGUUCACAGUGGGGAGUGGCCAUUCACCUGUUCAGACUGUGGGAAGGGAUUCACUUGCACGUCUAAGCUAAUGGCUCACCAGCGAGUUCACACUGGAGAGAUGCUGUUCACCUGCUCAGUCUCUGAGAAGAGAUUUACUGAGUCAUCCAACCUAGUGGCACAUCAGCAAGGUCACACUGGGGAGAAGCCGUUCACCUGCUCAGUCUGUGGGAACAGAUUUACUCAGUCGUCCCUCCUGCAGAGUCAUCAGCGAGUUCACACUGGGGAGAGGCCAUUCACCUGCUCAGUCUGUGGGAAGAGAUUCACUCACUCAUCCACCCUACAGAAUCAUCAGCGAGUUCACACUGGGGAGAAGCCAUUCACCUGCUUAGCCUGUGGGAAAAGAUUCACUCAGUCAUCCACCCUACAGAAUCAUCAGCGAGUUCACACUGGGGAGAGGCCAUUCACCUGCUCAGUCUGUGGGAAGAGAUUCACUCAGUCAUCCAACCUGCAGAGUCAUCAGCGAGUUCAUACUGGGGAGAAGCCAUUCACCAGCUCAGAAUGUGGGAAAGGAUUCACUCAAUCAUCCCACCUACUGGCACACCAGUCAGUUCACAAUGAGGAGUGGCUGUUGUUGUGAAUCCCUAGAUUUCGUUUGCUGUGGACUAUCAUUUUGAGAGAGAGAAAGAGAGAGAUUAAGAAGGGAAAUCAGUCUGACUUGCAGCUUGUUUACAUUGCUCGCAGUUUGUUUAGUUUUAACCAAGGACACAGAUACUCAGUCAGAUGGAGAUGAAGGAGGAAAAAUGGAAGGUUUGAAACAAGGGAACUACUGGCCAAGGGUCACUGUUUCGAACUUUCCUCUGCCCACAAGGGUGGGUUAAUUAUCGAUUCAGCAUACAUUGAAUGUGUGAUUGUCAUCUCGUUUGAUCCAUAGGAGUGGAUCUGAUUUGGGGUAUCCUGUGAAGACCACUUAUGUGUUAACCCUUGCCUGGGUGUGGUGUGGAAAUUCACUUGAAGACGAUACCUCUUGUGACAAGUCACUUCUGGUGAUAAUUUGUAUGUGGAUUUGGAACGACGACAGAUAAAUUCUACAGUGACUGUUCUCUCGUUUUACCACCAUGGAUGCUGUGGAAUUCAACGUUAUUGCCUUCUCUCGACAUUUACCCUGGAUUACAAAUAUCUCUCUCUCCUCAACUAUUCUGUGGUUGAGCUGAACUUUCAUAGUUCACCAUCUCAAGACUCCAAGCCUUGUUUCCCCUGAGCUCAAUAGUUUGGGAGUUAUAUUUACCCACAUAUAUACAUAUAACACUGUUAACUUUUGUUUAUCUUGCUUAAGUUACUGUAUUGUUAGUAGGUACUAAUAAAGAUAGUGGAUUUAACAUCAAAAACAGACUCUUGGUGUAGUCUAUUGCUGCUGACUCAUUUCUAUAGUGUUACGGGGUCAAAAUUGGGGCCUGCAUCCGAUACAGGAAAAGAUUUGGAGGCGUAUUGAUUAAUUAUCGAUUUCAUUGGAGAAAUCCCUUUUGAUUUAUUUGUGUAUGGAAAAUCCGCAGCAAUGGAUGUUGAUAGAUGUCUGGAAGCGCCAACCUCUGAGGCACUAAAGGACACCAGAAGGACUGAGUUGUUGAGUAUUGCUAAAAGGUUAAAACUUGCUAAGGUGAAAUCGACAAUGAGGAGGUCACAGGUGCAGAGGAUAAUAGCUGAACGUUAUGUAUCUGAGGGUGUGUUUAAAGUGCAGGAGUUGGAGGUGUUUCCUGAAAGUAAACCCAGUGAGCUUGGCCUCCCGUACAAGUUAGAAAAAUUGAAGAUGGAGGCUGUGGAAAGGCAGAGGCAGGUUGAGGCUGGAGAGGCAGGAAAACAGAGAGAAGAGGCAGAAAAACAGGGAGGAAGCAGAAAGACAGUGGCUGUUCGAGCUGGAAAAGAUAGAGAGAUUGCAGCAAAGGGGUCUAGCAUUAGACUCUGGUGAUAAGUUUGAGGCCAGUCGGGAAGUUAAAUUGGUGCCUCCAUUUGACAAGGCAGAGAUUGAUAAAUACUUUCAGCAUCUUGAGAAGUUUGCUCAGGGUUUUAAAGUGGCGAAAAGAGGGUUGGCCUAUUCUCUUACAAAGUGUAAUUAAGGGGAAGGCUCAGCAAGCCUAUUCUGCUUUGACAGUUGAUGAAGCAGCUGAUUAUGACAUUGUGAAACAGGCUGUGCUCAAAGCUUACGAGUUGGUCCCAGAAGCAUACAGGCAAAAGUUUAGAAAUUUGAGGAAAUCUGUGAACCGGACUU